AUGCCACCCACAAUAAAAUGGAUGGUUACACGAUUAGUCCAAUGGAGAAUAAUGCCAUCGAGCUGUAUUCCUAACAGUUGUAUAAUUAACAUCUAUGAAGAAGGGGAUUGCAUUCCCCCCCAUAUUGAUCAUCAUGACUUUGAGCGUCCGUUUUGUACAGUCUCUUUUGUCUCAGAGAGCAGUAUCCUGUUUGGAACGGAUAUAGAUAUCACUGGUCCAGGAGAGUUUCGAGGAUCUGUUGAAAUUUCAUUACCAAGGGGAUCUGUCUUGAUUCUAAAAGGAAAUGGAGCUGAUAUAACAAAGCAUUGUAUUCCAGGAGUUCGGCACCGUCGGGUGUCAAUAACUUUCAGGAGGAUGAUUGAUGAUAAGACUCCAUAUGGAUUUCAGCCCGAUCCAGAGCUCGAACAAUUGCAACCAUAUGAGCUAUAA